UUAGACCGAAAUAUAUGGGAGAAGGCCUAUUUGCCUGUGUUAUUCUCUUCCGUAUUUCUCCAUCUUCUAAUCCAUCAGCAUAUAUUUCUACUCCCAGGAAAACAGUUAGGUUCUGGAGCAUUUGGUGUGGUCCUUAAAGGAGAAGCUAAGUGUAUCGUGGAAGGAGAAUCUGUAACAACAGUGGCUGUGAAGAUGGUUAAGAAGAAUGCAGACAACACGUACAUAAAAGCGCUGGCAUCGGAAUUAAAAAUCAUGGCACAUCUAGGAAAGCAUCUUAACGUCGUGAAUUUACUUGGAGCUUGUACCAAAAAUGUUGCCAAAAAAGAACUUUUGGUGAUUGUCGAAUAUUGUCGGUUUGGCAAUUUGCAAAACUACCUCUUACGUCACAGGGAACAUUUUAUUAACCAGAUAGAUCCCCACACGGGUGAAGUUGAUUAUAAGAUAGGCCUGGAGCAUUUGGACCGUACGUAUUCCGUAUCUAGCAACAGAAGUCAAGUACAAUCCCCUCUUAUGAAGUAUGCCGCCGUUGCAUUUUCUGAUUCUGCCUAUGGUGCCAGGCUGGUACCUCCAAGUCCUAUGGGUGACUACAGAGCUCACGCUGCAUCCGAAGCUACUGAUAUGACUACUGUCACUCAAGGGGAUGACGGCGCCGUACUUAGCAAUAACAGCGUCCAACCAGAAUGGCGCUCGAAUUAUAAGGGUGAUUAUAAAGGCAAUAUAUAUCCUAUCAGCACGAACGACCUCAUUGCUUAUGCUUUCCAAGUUGCUAGAGGAAUGGAAUAUCUGGCUUCGAGAAAAGUGCUCCACGGAGAUUUAGCAGCCAGAAAUAUAUUAUUGAGCGACGAGAAUAUUGUGAAAAUAUGCGACUUUGGCCUAGCGAAAAGCAUGUACAAAAGCGACAACUACAAAAAACGAGGCAAUACUCCCCUUCCUGUAAAAUGGAUGGCUAUUGAAUCUAUCAGGGAUAGAGUAUUUUCCACACAGUCGGAUGUUUGGUCCUACGGUAUAGUGUUAUGGGAACUGUUUUCUUUAGGAAAAACUCCAUAUCCCGGUAUGGAAGCAGAUGAAAGGCUUUAUUAUAAGCUGUUGGAUGGAUAUAGACUAGAGAGUCCAGAGUAUUCACCAAAGGAAGUGUAUCAAAUAAUGACGAAAUGCUGGUUAGCUAAGCCUGUUGGAAGGCCAUCGUUUGGUACGAUAACCGAAAGAAUUGGAGCACUUCUUGAAGAAAGUUUAAGAAAGCAUUACAUCGAUCUCAACGACCCGUAUCUUGCAAUAAACGCUAAGAUGUUAGAGGGCCAAAACGAUUAUCUUUCCAUGGUGAGCUCUCCUAGCUUUGACGUAAUUGCCAGUCCACAUUACGUCAACGAUAUAACGACGCAACAAUCAUCUGAUGAAGGUUACAUGAGUAUGAAACCCAGCACAAUUUUCAGUCCAAGAAAAAUAGAGGAAGAAGUGUUCAAGUUCACGGUAUCCAAUAGAAAAGAUCUGACUUCCGAAGAAGUCAAGGGUCAGGAAGCUUUACCGAUGCUUUGUGUGAUCUCAGAAACAGACACGGAAACCCCUCUAAAUAACCCCAGCACCUCCUCAGACCCCAACAGCAUCUCAAAUCCGAUGUACCACCUCCCACCGACUAUACCAAACAACGGUACUUACGGCCAAACAGAAAUUGUCAAAUCGGCCGAUAAUUACGUCAGCAUGCAGGGGAGUAAGAAUCUUAUUAAGGAUAGAAGCGCCCAGGAGAUAAAAACUGUAAUGGACGAGAAGAAGGAGUCACAUCCGUAUGUCAACGAUGAGCUACAAGGCUUGACUUGUAUUAGAGUUUAAGUCAAAUGAUAGUACAAUUUGAUACUUAUUUAAGUUACUAUAGACUGUUGUUUAAGUUUAAGUAAAGGGAUACCUAGUAUACACUCGGACAAAAAUAUUGCAUAAUAUGCAUAUUGUGCAUGUGGAAUGAAAUUUUUUGUGCUGUUAACCUUAGCCCACCUGUAUGAUUCUUCUUACAGUUCCCUCUCCUAGCGGAGGUUGGAUAUCAUAAUGGCUAUGGUCACUUUGUAGGCUGCUGCUCUGAACAGUUGUAAUUAACUACAGUUAAGCCAUUCUCUAAGGUUCCUCAGCCAGAAGAUGUGUCUUCUUCCUAUGCUUCUUUUUCCUUGGAUCCUUCCUUGCAUAAUAUUUCUCAGCAACUCAUAUUUUUCUCCUCUGGUAAUGUGACCCAAAUAUUCAAGUUUUCUAGUUUUUAUACUGUUCAUAAUUUCUAACUCCUUAUUUCGUAGCACUUUAACAUUGGUAAUCCUUUGAACCCACUGACUUUUCAAUAUUCUUCUGUAACACCACGUUUCGAACGCUUCUAUUUUUCUUAUGUGUUGUCUCUUCAAUGUCCAAAUUACCAUUCGGUAUAGUAAUAUAGAGAAUAUGUAGCAUAUUAGAGCCCUUAAUCUGUGAGGCAACUGAAGGUCUUUGUUUGUAAGCAGUGUCUUCAUUUUUAUAAAUGCUUGCCUUGCAGUUUCAAUUCGGACUUUAAUUUCUUUGCUUUGGUCAUUUUUGUCAUCAACCCAGGUUCCCAGAUAUUUGUAUGUCUUUGCCUUUUCUAUUUGGGUUUGCUCUAUCAUUAACCUUUCAUUUCUAUGUUGUGUUUUUGAGACAAUCAUAAAUUUAAUUUUUUUCUUGUUUAUUUUUAGUCCUGUAUGAUAGGAAGAGAAUUUCUUCUCCAAAUGGGAUGUUUUAAAGUAUGACUCAUAUAAAUGCUAUAAUCGGAUUUAAAUCUGAUCUGAGCUUUAUGCUGGCCAUUAUAAUUUUUAAAGUGAAUCUCAUCAAAGUAAGAAGUCUUCACUUUGCUAGCGACAUGAAGACGUGAACACCAAUAUAUUAUAUCCAAUAUGGCUUUCAAAUGGCAAAACAUGAUAUUUUAAAAUGUUUUCAAUGGACAUAUCAGUUGGAAUUUGCCUAACCACCUCCACGCGUUCCGUAUGACCUUUCAAAACAAUACCGCUCCGUAGCACUAUGUCGCCACCACCAAAACUAACGCUCUGUAUGAGGUUACAACUGACACACUGUUCUCCAACUCUUCUGUAGACAAAGUUUUGUAAAUCUUGCUCUCCUAUGAUGAACGCUAUGCCACGUAUGUAACCUCAUACAGAGUGUUAAUUUUAGGGGUGGCGGCAUAGUGCUAUGGAGUGGUAUUUCCUAGAAAUAGACCAGGACGCAUCUGUAAAAAUAUUAGUACAUUGGAUGUCGAGAGGUGACUCAUAUUUUUUUGCAGGAAUUUCUUGAAAAUAAGUCAUAUUUGCGUUAUCCUCCCACUCAAAAAGGCCCUGAACAUUGUUUAAAUAAUCAAAAUGUCGAAAAAAUUAAGGAAAAAUUCGAUUUUUUCUUCGUUUUUUGAUUAUAACUUUAAAAGUAUUUAUUUUCGAGAAAGUUUGUACUAAUAUAAAAGUUGCGUAAUUAAAUUUGCUACAAACAGGAUUAGUUAAAAAAUUUUUAAAUUGUCAUCCUUGUUGCAAAAUAGCAAUAUUUGCUAAAACACCAUAAAAAAAACAAGUAUUCGCAUUUUACAUUUAUUUUUCAACCAUUUAUGCUACACUUAGGGCCUUCAUAUUUCACCCAGAAAAACUUUAUGAUAUAGUAAAACAAUACUAUAAAUUUCAUUAGGAUCGGAUUAAUAGAUUUUGCAAAAUAAAUUUUGCAAUCCAGCUUUCGCAAAAAAAUUAAUUUUCUCAAAAUGUUGCAGGACUGAAAAGUAAAGCAGACAGCAAGUAGUUGAAUUUUUUUUACAUAUAGAAGAAUACCGUACUUUUUAUUUACAAUUUGCAAAUUUAAAAUGGGUUAACUACCACGGAGUCAGGAAUUUUUUUAAAUAAACAUUAAUUUUUGGUGCUACGCGCAGGGCAGCGGAUACGUUUGCUCUUAUUGGGCUUUCCAAUGACCUUGGAUAUCGAUUGAUAAAUUUUAAUUUUUAGUACAUUUCGAUAAAAAUAAAUAAAAUUAUUUAUUGCAAAAUAAAAACACAUAUUCUGUCCUUAGAAAUAACACUUUUUUUAGCAAAUACUUUCUUUGUUCGUAUGUUUUAAUUUAGAGAAUAAAAGUUUACUAUUUUGAAACAUAUGCAAUUGUUUAAACAAUAUUUCACAAACAAUAAUCAAAUUAGUUUGAUUUUUGUGGAAUUAAAAUAUUAAAAUACAACAAAAUAUAGAGUAAGAAAAUAAUAUACUAGAUACAGAUUAGAAGAAAUUUUGGUGGAAAUCAACUUGUGUGAAUCGAGCACCGCUGUCCUGCGCGUAGCACCAAAAAUUAAUCUUUAUAAAAAAUUCCUGACGCCGUGGUAGUUAACCGAUUUCAAUUUUGCAAACUGAAAAUGAAAGGUACAGUAUUCUUAUACAUGUAAAAAAAAUUUAACUUGCUAUCUGCUUUAUUUUCAGUCUUGCGACAUUUUGAAAAAAUGAUUUAUUUUUUUUGCGAAAGCUGAAUUGCAAAAUUUAUUUUGCCAAAUCUGUUAAACUGAAUGAAAUUUACAGUAUUGUUUUACUAUAUAACAAAGUUUUUCCAGGUAAAAUAUGAAGGUCCUAAGUAUAGUAUAAUUGAUUGAAAAACGUAAAAUGCGAAUAUUUGUUUUUUAUGGUUUUUUCGCAGUUAUUACUAUUUUGCCACAAGGGUGACAAUUUUUAAAAAUUUUUGGCCAGUGCUAUAUUGUUGGAAAUUUAAUUACGCAACUUUUAUGUCAGUGCAACUUUUCUCUGAAGUAAAUACAUUUAAAGUUAUAAUCAAAAAACGAAGAAAAAAAAUCGAAUUUUUCCUUUAUUUUUUGACAUUUUGAUUAUUUAAACAAUGUUCCGGACCUUUUUGAGUGGGAGGAUAACUCAAUUAUUAUUAUAUGAGUUAAUUACAAGCAAUUUCUGCAAAAAAUAUGAGUCACCUCUCAACGUCCAUCUCAAAACAGAUGAGCCCUGGACUAAAAGGAGAUGCCGAACUUGUGGAUUUGAUUGGGUGAAUGACAGGUGAUAAGUACAUUUAAAACUUUUUAAAAGAUCAUAUUUUGCCAUUUGCCAGCCAUUUUGGAUUAACAAAUUCGUGUUAAUGCACCAUGACGCAGGUCUUCAUCUCGUUAGAAUAGUGAAUACUUACCUUGAUGAGAUUCAAUCUAAAAAUUAUAUUGGCCACCAUAUAGCCCAUAUCAAAUUUAAAUCCGAUUAUACCAUUUAUAUGACACUUUAAAACAUCACAUUCGGAAAAGAAUCUCUAUUUCCAUAACACUGAAAAGUUUUAUUUCACACGUUAAUUUCAAAAUAUGCAAUAUUUUUGUCCGUGAGUUUAUAAUUUGAUACCUACUUAAGUUAAUUUAAACUGUUUUUUAAGUUUAACACGUUGAUGGACAGUGCGGCAAAUGUAUAAGCAAGUAUUGUGAUACUUUAUGUAUUUUGCAAAGUAGAAUAGGAAAAUUGUUGAAUUUCUUUUAUCGCUUAUAGUUUAUGGAAUCAAUAAGUUUUUUAAUAUUUUUAGUAAAUAUGUGAACGACGAACAUGGACAUCGUGUCACAUACAUAAAUAUAAUGUGCAUCUGUAGAUGUAAUGUGACAUUUUUGACACCGAUUAUUUGUCACAACUUGUUAUUUUAAAAAUGCCGUCUAUAUACGUUGUGUGACAUUACAUCAAUGGAAAUUAGAUGUCUAUAGACGUUCUGUCCGUCAACGUGUUAAGUUAAGGGAGAGUAAAAUGUUGAUACCUACUUAAGUUAUUCUAAACUGUAGUUUAAGUUUAAGUAAGGUGAUAAUAUAAUUUGAGACCUACUUUAGUUAAGUAAUUACUUAAUGACUAUUUAAUAACUUAAGUUACUAUAAACUAUAGUAAAUCCUUUAUGUUGAUUAGAAUAGAAAGAAUAUGAGAGGGACUGCAAAAGCUGCAAGUCUGGACCAAUAUUAAAUUUUAAACAAAAUAAUUACAUAUCUUAUUUUUUGUUUGGUCACUUCUAUAUCUUUUUUACAUAAAAUUUGUAAGUUUACGUCGUUAAGACAUCAGUCGACUUCUACUAUUUAGAGCAACAUUAUAAAUCUCUCUGAAAAAUAUCUCAUAAUUUAUUGAGACACAAGAUAAUACAAGACAAUAAAUAUUACAAAACAAUGUCAUCAAACUAAAUAAUCUUUUAUUUUUAGCAUGUUUUCUUAGCAGAAACUAAACACAUUAUUAUUAAUUCUAGUAUUAUAAUAAAUUUUAAUUUUUAUUUAUGCUGAGUAACGAUACAGUAUUAAAGAUCCAAAUAGUGCCAAAGACGUAAUACCAGAUAUUUAUCAUAUACCUAAGUAUAAGUUUAAUUUUGCAUAUAUGAUUUUAUUAGUUUUUAAGUAAAGUUUUCAUAUAUGCUUAAUAUGUUUGUUUUAAUCAAUAAAUAAAAUUAUAUAAUGCAAACGA